AUGGAUACCAGCACGUUCAUUGCUGCAGCUCGAGAUUGGCACGCGCUCCUGCGCGACGUUGGUGAGGCCUUCGUGGCGCGUUACCUGGAGUUGUCCAUGCAGUUGGCCGUGGCCCUGUACUGCCAAAAUGAUGUUGCCGCCGAGAAAGUGGUCAGAGGGGUGUCCAACGUUGAACAGCGGGACUUUGUGGCACUCUCCGAAAUCCUGCGUGGUCUUCUGCAAACGGCGACACGUCAGCAUAUGAGAUUUCUAUUGCCUGGUCAGACUAUCAUCCAGAGCCUUCCUGAGGCAUUUGAGUCGCGAUUCCGGCAGCUUCUGGCGACGUAUUGGAACACUCUGAACGAGGUGGCGGAGAACGCGACGUUCACGUUACCGCGACUACAGCAACUACACUGGAAAGUGGCAAAUGUUGCGGGGCAGUGCAUUUUGUUGCGUCUACAGACUUCGGACGGCAAAACAAGAACGAUUCACGUUCCGAUUAAACAGUUCCACCAGCUACGCCACAGUGCGGCCUCGGUGCUACAUGAAAUGAGCCAAGUGGAGGUCCAUCCGAUGCUGCGACUCGCUCACAUGGAGCAGAGCAGCCGCACAGAGUCAGCAACGACAACGAGGUCUGGACCAACGAGUAAUGUGCCCUAA